AUGGGGAGCCUGGAGGAGACGCUGGUCACCCUUGUAGGGGGAGCGCCCUGGGGCUUCAGGCUCCAAGGAGGUUCCCAGCAACACCAGCCGCUGCAAGUAGCCAAGGUCCGGAAGCGAGGCAAAGCGUGUCGGGCUGGACUGCGGGAAAAUGAUCUCCUGUUAACCAUCAACGGGAAAUCCUGCAACGGAAUAUCACACAGAGAUGCCAUGAAUAUGAUUGACUCUUCCAACGGAACCUUGCACAUCUGGGUUAAGAGAGUUCCCAGCAACGGCUUGCAGCCGGAGUCCAGCCUCCAGGUCACCUCCCCCUGCCCCUGGAGCCAAGAAUCUUCAAAAGCCGGUGUCCGAGCCCCGGAGCCCCGCACUCCGAGCCACAAACCCGAGAACCGGGGUCAGCGCCGGAGCUACACGUCGCCGGUGGAAAGCGAGGCUUAUUACGGCGAGACCGACAGCGACGCGGAUUACUCGGCGGGGGAGAAACAGCGGAGGCAGAGGCGGAAAUGUCCCGGCGCCGCCCCCCGCUCCAAUCACAGCAACCCGCUGGCCAGCUCGGCCGAUGAGACCUCGGAGCUCAGCGAGUACGACAGCGCCCCCGAACCCCCCCCAGGAGCCAGCUCCGGACGCCUGGAUCCCAGAGGUGGCCAGCUCCCCCCGCAUCCUCAGGCCAGCUUCCCCCGCAGCAGCAGCAGCAGCAGGCAGGUCAUGUUCCAGCCCAGGAGAAUGGAAGCCAAGGUCAACAUUUGGCAGCCCAAGCUGGAGGGGGCAGCACGCCCCGAGCCUGGCACUGUGACUGAGGCCAAGGUCAGUGCCAGGCAGAACCCUGGCACCAGCUGCCCCAUCAUCAUCUGGCCGACCCAAGCCAGCACCGAGGACACCACCAACCGACAGGGGAUCCUGGGCACUUCGGAGGCUGACAGUGGGUUCCAGGAGGUACCUGCCCACACUGUGUCCCCAGAACAGAAGCUGCUCCCCACUCCAAGCCAGCCCAGCCUGAGAGACACACAACUGGUCCCCAUGGUGGGGCCUGUGAGCAAUCCAGUGGCUGAAAUUCUGACCACUACUUACAAAGAGAAGGCCAAACAAGCCAAGCUUCAUCGCAGUGAGAGUAUGCAGGAGAAGCAAGUGAAGGAAGCCAGGACAAAAUGCAAGACCAUCGCAUCGCUCCUCACCUCCGCACCCAAUCCCCACUCAAAGGGAGUGCUUAUGUUUAAGAAACGCCGUCAAAGAGCAAAAAAAUACACCCUGGUUAGUUAUGGAAGUGUAGAUGAGGAAAAGCAGAAUAUCGACGAGGAUGGUGAAUUGCUGCCGACUAGUGAGUCUGAGUUUGAUGAAGAGGCAUUUUCUGAUGCAAAAAGCUUAACGAAUCAGUCAACGGGAUCAGAUUGGGAUGGUUCUUACCUGGACAUGGAAAAGUCCAAAUCUGAGUCCCAGGGUUUAAUUGAAACCAAGGGGAAGGGUGUGAUGCUAUUUGAACACCAGAGACAACGAGCAGGGGAAUAUAUAGUGGAGGAGUCUCCUAUUCAGAGGCAACACAGUCUCCAAAUGAAACCAAGGCCAGAGGCUGAAGUGAGGAACUACAAUUUGAUGAACGGAGAGAGUACCUGGCCCAGCAAUUCAGAUGUAUGCCAUGGAACACCUGCCUCUGAUUCUUUAAAAAGCUAUGCAGAAACAAACCUUUCUGCAGCAGUGCAUGCACAGCCCACAUUACAGGCGAUGAGACCGAGUGAACAGCAUCAUACUCAGCACUUUAUACCAGGUACCUCCUUUGUAUCCAGUGUAACAAAUAGGACUGCGAGGCCGUUCACGCCAGGGUUUCAGCAAAGCCGAGCAGCACCAACAUAUUCUGUCUCUGCCCCAGUUCUACUCAGGAAAAGUACAGCUCAUGUGAUGUCUUGGGAUCAAGAUACUGGGCAAAACAAACUUACAAUGCCUUUCACACCACCAUCAGAGGUAGUCCCUUCGCCAACUGUGAAUCCUAAAAGCCAACCAGUGACAGCAAAGGAAACUGGAGCCCUGAAAAGAACGGGCCUUCUUUAUUCACCAGGACCCAUGAUGAUGACAUCACCACCACCACCAGCAGUGACAUCACCACCAGCAGCGGUGACGCCACCACCACCGGCUGUGAUGUCACCACCACCGGCUGUGAUGUCGCCACUACCUACUAAGAUGUCACCACCGUCUAUGACAUCUCCACCUCCAGCCGUGAUGUCGUCACCACCCCUCGUGACAUCACCACCUCCUGCCGUAAUGUCACCACUCAUCAUGAUGUCACCACCUCCCACCAUGGUGUCACCACCACCGACAGCAGUACCAUCUUCACUGCCUGUAACAAAUCCUUAUUCACCACCCCAGGCUGCAGUCACCAGCACUGCCAAAUUCCGUCUAUCUUCAGCAUUGUCCCCACAGAAACAGACUGAGCCCACUGCUGCUAUUAAUGCAAACCUCCAAGCUCCCUCCAUUGGUAGCACCUCAUCGACAGCGUGGUCAACCAAUCCGCAAUCAGAGAAUCUGGCUACGAGAGAGCAAAGGAUUGCAAUCCCGGCCUCUAAAACAGGCAUCUUGCAAGAAGCUCGCAGGAGAAGCACAAGGAAGCCAAUGUUUACAAAGACCGAACAGGUAAAAGCUUCACCAAAUCCUGAACUUCUUUCCUUGGUACAAAACCUGGAUGAAAAGAAACCAGAUCAUUCAGGGGCUGGAUUUGAGUCAGGCCCUGAAGAAGACUUCUUGAGUCUUGGUGCUGAAGCAUCAAAUUUUAUGCAGUCCCAGGUGCAUAGACAAAAGGUCCCCCCUCCUGUCGCACCAAAACCUUCCUUAAAAUCCCAGUUAAUAGACAAUGGUUCUCCACUUGUGAAUGGAAAUACUAAGUCAGGUUCACUCCAAUUGAAAGGAAAGGGGGCUGAACUCUUCGCUAAGAGACAAAGCCGUAUGGAUAAGUUUAUUGUGGAAUCGGUGCGUAAUUAUACUUCACAGGCAAGAGGACCAUCUCCCACCCCUUCACUUCCCUCUACAUGGAAAUAUUCUCCUAAUAUCCGAGCUCCACCUCCUAUUGGUUACAACCCUAUGCAUUCCCCAUCAUAUCCACCAGCAGCUAGCAGAUCACAUGGAGCAACAUCAGCCAACAAGCCUGAGAGAAAGUGGAAACCAGCAGGGAACCAAAAGGUAGGAAUACAAGCCAUUGAUUUCAUGAGACAUCAGCCAUAUCAAUUAAACCCAGCCAUGUUCAGCUUUGAUGAAUCCAACUUGGGGACACAGAGCUUACCAAGAAAUACUCCAUUGAGACAAACUGGUCAGCAAUCCUUCAUCUCGACAAAACAUGUUCCUGUGAAGACAACGAGAGCCUGUGAGAUUCGUCGUUUCUCAACACCGUUGCCUACUGUUACUCCCACUGUUAUUGCCCCAAGAUCAGCCACAACUCUUGCUGAGCCAGUGUGGAUGUCCACCCCUCCUUCCCCACCACCAGCACCAGUCAAAAUAUCCAGCUUCAAUAUACCCGCUCCUCAAACCUCCAAACUAAACAGAAAGGCACCGGAAGGAAGCCAGGAAGUAAACUCUGAAACUUCAGUGCUUAAUUUGUCACCUAAUGAAGAUGUUCAAAUGCAAAAGAAAACAACACAUCAUGCCCCCAGGCCGAGGUUCUCAGCUGUAAGAGGAGGAAUGAGUUCUCACACAUGGAGACCUGGAUCAUUCUAAUAAUGA